CCACGCAGACUAAACAGUUACAGUAAUAAACACACUACACAAGACCCUUGUUCAUGUGUGGUCGGCAAUUGAUAUUAUGCAACCUUUAGUCUUUACUAACCAGGAAGCGUCACGCCUUCAUCCUGCUGCGCUUUACGUAAUUCAAUACCGCUUCGCAAACGAGAACGAGAGAAGAUAGCGAACUUGUCUGGUGGUCUUACAUAUAGUAAAAUGCAAAGAUCAGUCAAAGAGCUGAGUGUUCGUUAUGACCCGAUCAACGAAACCAGUACUUUUACUAAUGGAGACAUCGUGGAGGGGCGAGUUGUUUUGGAAGUGACCAAAGAAGUAAAAGUGGAAGAUUUAUUUGUGAAGCUGACAGGUGACGCGGACGUGCGCUGGACCGAAGGAUCAGGUGAUGACGAGAAAUCCUACAGCGACCAUGAGAGAUACUUCAAACUAAAGCAAUACUUAAUUCAGGACAUCUCGAAGAAAGGACAAUGUGAAAAGAAUACCACACUUGUAAGUGGAGAGACUUAUGGACCGGUGAUUAAACCAGGAAGUCAUGUCUUUCCAUUCAGAUUUCAGCUGCCUCAACAAAAUAUGCCUCCGACCUUAAAGGAUUUCAUGGUUGGGUGAAGUAACAUCUUGAUGGUAAAGCUGAAUAGAUCUUGGAAGCCAACAUCAAGUGCACAAGCAGAAAUUAACUUUGCGCCCAGAAAUUAUGGGACCGAUGAUCACUUACUGCAACCACAAUCUGGUUCUGAAGACAAGAAGAUGAAACUUUUUGGCUCCGGAAAAAUGUCAAUGACUGUAACAACAGACAAAAUGGGCUACAUGCUAGGUGAAAUAAUAAGGGUUUCUGUUGAUAUUGACAACUCUUCAUCUCGUGAUGUCAAGCUAAAGUACAGCCUCAAACAGCUACAAACAUUUCUUGCGGGAAGAAGCACUAACCAUGCAUAUAAGGACAUAGCCAAAGAAACUAAAGACUGCAUCCCAUCUGGAGGAAAGACAAGAUGUAUAGUGGACAUCAAGCUUCCUCAUGACAUUAUGGUCACCAUUGAAAACUGUAGAAUUAUAAAAGUGCAAUACGAACUCAAGGUCUAUCUGGAUGUUUCUUUUGCUUCAGAUCCAGCAGUUAAAUUCCCUGUGGUCAUUAUUCCACCAGUACAGCAGUGUCCUCCCUGGCAUGAUCCUCCUCCACCAUACAUGCCACCUCAGCCUAACCUUGUGCCCUAUCCUGGUGGAGCUCCUCCUCCUCCUGCAGGACUGUACCCUAAUCUGUCAGAUCCAGUGCCACCCUAUCCAGGAGCCGCUGCGGGGGUCUAUCCAAAUCCAAAUGCCAUGCUGCCUGGUUUUCAUCCGGCUCCAUCUGCACCAGUUUAUGAUCCAAAUCAAAGCACUAAAGAAUCUUUUCCUAAUGCGCCUUAUUAGUUUCUUUCACCAGCCAAACUGACAGCCUCUCGUACUAUGUUAUAUUAAUUAUUGUCAGGGUUUUACCUCAAUGCAAUCAAGCUUAUUGCCUGUUAUUGUGCCUUAAAUUUUGAGCACUUUUGCAUAUCAUAGGCAAUAUACAGUAGUCUACAUUUGAAGUAAAUCGAAAUCUUUCAUCAGUGUUGUCCCUUGAACAACACCCAUUAUUGUCUUAGGACAAUUUUUAAAAAUAAAAUGAUCCACUUCAAAUGUUGACACUCGCCAGCCACUUUUUUAGGUAAAUCUUGCUAAUACUGGGUUAAACCAGAACAGCCUUAAGAUUUAACAAAGUGUUGGAAAUGGUUGUCUUUGAUUUUGAGCUAUAUUACUACAGGCUGGAAGCCUCAGAUUACUAUUAUGUUAAAAUGGAUUGCAAUAAUAAAACACGCUAUUUUGAAAUACCA